AUGGGUGUUUACGCCGUGUACGACACGGGCGACAGGCUCCAGUACAUUGGACUUAGCAGGAACAUCCAGAAGAACAUCGAGAAUCAUGCCAAAGCGAUUGGCCUUCCGGAGGCCACCGACCUCAUCGCGUCAGUGAAGUGCAUCGAGAUGCCCGAUGAGUCAAAGGAGGUACUCAAACAGACCUGGGAGUUUUGGCUCAAGGAUCACCUGGGAGACGGCGGUGAAAUCCCGGUGGGGAAUCUGCCCGAAAACGCGCCGGGCGCAGACCCACGAUGGCGAAGUCGCGGAGCACAGGCAAAGCCUUCGCUGAACCUGGGCGGCGUCGGAGGCAUUGCCUCCCAGGCAGAGGCAAUGGAAGCAGUCAAGACGGCUGUGGAGUCAAAUCCCGUGCUUUUGUUCAUGAAGGGGACUCCAGCGAUGCCUCAGUGCGGCUUCUCGGCUCGAACCUCGGGUCUCCUUCGCGAGAUCGGCGUGCCUUACGAGACCGUCAACGUCUUGGAUGAAGCCAACAACCCGGGCGUUCGAGAGGCUGUGAAGGAGUUCGGGCAGUGGCCCACGAUUCCGCAGCUCUACGUCUCUGGGCAGUUGGUCGGAGGAGCAGACAUCGUCAUGGAGAUGUACCAGAAGGGCGAGCUCGAGCAGAUGCUGGUCAUGGCCAACGAGGGAGCUGGUGAUAGCGCUGGGUCCGGCGAGUCGGGUGCUGAUGCCACGCAGUACACCAGAGGUGACAUCAAGCUCAUCGACGACACAAACAGGCCUACAGCUACCGCUCUCUGCAAAGCUUUGGAUGGCAGCUUCACCCUUGUCGGGCUGAAAGUCGUGGACGAGUCCGCAGCGCACGAGGGAGAUGCCGGCGCGCUGGAGAUGGGUCUGACUGGCGAGUCUCACUUCUCCGUGGAGAUCGUAGCGCCCGAGUUCGCGGGCUUGACCCCUGUACAAAGACAGCAGAAGGUGUACGAGUCCCUCUCCGGGGUCAUGUCUCGAAUUCAUGCGCUGUCUCUCGUGACGCGCACUCCGGAGGAGGUGGGAGGUGAUGGCCAGUGA